AUGGUUACUACAGCAUCAGCAGCCAUGGAGGAGAGAAUAUCCAAACUGGAAGCUAUGUUCUUGGAGAAUAGUAGUAGUCUUACUGAGGCCAGGCAGGAAAUGAGAGACAGUAACCAGGAACUAAAGGAUCAUAUGCAAGAUUGGAAAGAUGAGAUCAUGGAACUCCUAAGGCUCAAUAGGCCCCCUCCAGUUUCUGAGCCUUCUUCAGUUCAUGGUCAGGCUCAAAAAUCCCAUGCCAGCCCAGGAGAGGAGGGAUCUGAUCUUGGCAAGAGGCCUUGCAAAGAGCCUGCAGUUGAUGGUCUCACUGAGCCACAUGAGGUGUCUGAUGAUGAGGAAGGACUUGGAGAGAAUCAAUAUAGCCCUCAUAUGCAUCCCCUGAGAGCUGAAAGACCUUGGCAGCCAAAGAGAGUCCAUUUCAACCCCAGACCUGGCUUGAACAACCAAGCUGGUGAACAAACAAUGAGGUAUAAGCAUGAAUUCCCUGUUUUUGAUAAUGAUAACCCAAUGCUAUGGGUGGUGAGGUGUGAGAGAUUUUUCAUGCUAGCUAGAAUCCCCAGAGAUGAAGUUAUGCAUGUUCUAUGUGUUAAUCUAACUGGUAAGGCAGCUAUGUUGUAUGAAACUUACCUAAAUAGUCUGAGGGAGGGCUUCCGGUGGACCUUGUUUGCUAGGGCUAUUUGCAAAAGGUUUUGUGAUAAUCAUGCAGAUGUAAUGGAGGAAUUCUCCAACUUCAAACAAUGGGGAAGUGUGGUGGAGUUUUCUGACAAGUAUGAGGAGUUUAAGGGGUUGCUAUUGCAAAGUUAUCCUACAUUAACUGAUCAAUAUUUUUUGGAUAGUUUUGUGGUGAGAUUGAAACAACAGCUUAGGUGUUUUGUAAGGACCUCUAGGCCUGCUAAUUUGGAGGAUGCCAUGUGGUUGGCCAAGCAGUUUAAGAAAGGAUUGAGAAAUGAGCCAAGCAGAAACCAACCCCACCAAAUACCAACCAAAACUACAUCUUCCAAUACCCUGCAAUCCAAUGCUAGGAUCCCUGAGAUCAAUAGGUUCAGGGACCAACUUAGAGAGCAAAACAGAUGUUACAGGUGCUUUGAUCCAUGGAGCCCUGGGCAUAAGUGCAAGAGUCCUACUUUUAAUAUCAUAGAAGGAGUUGAAAGCCAAGAAAUAGAGGAGGAAAGUAUGGGAAAUCAGAUGGAAGAGAAUGAAACUGGGAUUAUACUUGAGGAUGAAGAGGUGGAAGUCACCCUUAAUGCUGUCAUUGGAGGGGAAAGCAUGAAUACCAUUAAGUUAUUAGGCUUAAUAGGUAAGCAGAUUGUAGUGAUUUUGGUGGAUAGUGGGAGUACCCACAGCUUUGUGGACCCCAAGGUAUUGGAUCAGAGGGGAAUUAUUACUGAGAGAGCUGAAAACCUUAAGGUCACAGUGGCCAAUGGUGAGACUAUGAUGUGUGACUCAGUUUGUAAAGGGUUGGAAUGGCAGGUGCAGAAGGAGCAAUUCAAGAAGGACUUAAGAGUUUUGAAAUUAGGGGGAUGUGAUAUAGUACUUGGCAUGGAUUGGAUAGACACUUAUGCUCCCAUUCAACUGCACACAAGACCUCCUGGAAUCUCAUUUCAUAAGGAGGGUAAGAGGAUAUUGCUAAAAGGACUGACCAAGAAAAUUGUGUUGCAGCAGGCUUCUAAAAAAGAGAUUAGGAUAUGGAAGAAGGAAGAAGGAAGGGAACCACUCCACACUGAGCUGACUACCAUUUUGCAAGAGUAUAAGGAGAUCUUUGAAGAGCCUAAAAGCAUACCCCCUUCAAGACCAUUGGAUCAUGAGAUUCCCUUAAUCCCAGGGGCUAAACCUGUACACUUUAAGCCAUACAGAUACUCAUACCUCCAGAAAAAUGCAAUAGAGAAGAUGGUUGAUGAAAUGCUGACUGCUGGAAUUAUAUCACCUAGUUCAUCACCCUUUGCAUCACCAGUUUUAUUGGUCCCUAAGAAGGACAACACAUGGAGGUUUUGUGUGGAUUAUAGAGCUUUAAAUGGAAUAACCACCAAGAAGAAGUUCCAUAUCCCAUUAAUAGAGGAUUUGUUCUCAUAG